CUCUCUCUCUCUCUCUCUAACAGCGAAAAAUUUCAUCCGGAAGCCUUUCAAACUCUCCGUAAUUCCACAUAAAAUCUCCCCAUUUAACGGGAGGAGAUGAAUUGUAGCUAGAAAUCUAGUUUUCCCUCCCCUCGAUUCUGGGGUUUGGAGAAAAUGGCCAGGGUUCUAGCAUUAGGGAUCGUUUCUGGAAUAGCAUCAGCAGCUCUAGCAACAGAGCAUGCUUAUGCGGAUUCUCCAUUUAGUUUCUCUCCAUUCUCUUCUAACCCUCCUGCCUCUUCUUCAAAUCCUACUCAAGCUCCUCUACAAACUCCGCCGCCAGUGCCGAAAGAGGAGAAGAGCGCCGGGAACGAUAAUCCGCGGACCACAGCAGCUGGGUUUGAUCCGGAAGCUCUGGAGAGAGGGGCGAAGGCACUGCGCGAGAUCAGCAGCUCAUCACAAGCAAAAAAAGUGUUUGAAUUGAUGAAAAAGCAAGAAGAGACGAAGCAGGCGGAGUUGGCGGUAAAGAGAGCAGAGUUUGAGGCGUUACAGUCUCAGUUCGAAACUGACAGACAGCGGGUAAUCUAUGAAGAGCAGAAAAAAAUAGUUCAGCAACAGGCACAAACAAAAGCUCAAAUGGCUCGCUAUGAAGAUGAAUUGGCAAGGAAGAGGAUGCAGGCAGAGACUGAAAAUCAAAGAUCAAGGAAUCAAGAGCUUGUGAGAAUGCAAGAAGAAUCAUCCAUCAGACAGGAACAAGCUCGCCGUGCAACAGAGGAACAGAUUCAUGCCCAGCGUCGGCAAACAGAGAGGGAGAAGGCAGAAAUAGAACGGGAAACAAUCAGAGUCAAGGCUAUGGCAGAAGCAGAAGGGAGAGCACAUGAAGCAAAACUAGCUGAAGAUGUAAAUAAACGGAUGCUAGUAGAACGAGCAAAUGCAGAGAGGGAGAAAUGGGUUGCAGCUAUAAACACAACUUUUGAGCAUAUAGGAGGUGGUUUGCGGGCUAUACUAACAGAUCAGAAUAAAUUGGUUGUAGCUGUUGGGGGAGUGACAGCUCUUGCAGCUGGGAUUUACACAACUAGAGAAGGUGCUAGGGUGAUAUGGGGCUAUGUGGACAGAAUAUUAGGGCAACCAUCCCUGAUCAGAGAGUCCUCUAGAGGGAAAUACCCUUGGUCUGGUUUGUUCUCUCGCGCCAUGAGCUCAUUAUCACAUAAAACUGACAAAGGAGCUGGCUCAGGGAAAAAUGGAAAUGGUUUUGGUGAUGUGAUUCUAAAUCCUUCUCUUAAAAAGAGAAUUGAACAGUUGGCUGGUGCUACUGCAAAUACAAAAUCCCAUCAGGCUCCAUUUCGCAACAUGCUGUUCUAUGGCCCUCCAGGGACGGGGAAAACUAUGGCUGCCAGAGAACUAGCUCGUAAAUCUGGUCUGGAUUAUGCUUUAAUGACUGGUGGAGAUGUUGCGCCAUUGGGAUCACAGGCUGUCACCAAGAUACAUCAGCUUUUUGAUUGGGCUAAGAAGUCUCGGAAGGGUUUGCUGCUUUUCAUUGAUGAAGCAGAUGCAUUUUUGUGUGAGCGCAAUAAGACUUACAUGAGUGAAUCCCAACGAAGCGCUCUCAACGCCCUCCUAUUCCGUACAGGAGACCAGUCCAAGGACAUAGUCCUUGCCCUUGCUACCAACCGACCGGGUGAUCUAGAUUCUGCCGUUGCUGACCGCAUCGAUGAGGCUCUUGAAUUUCCCUUGCCCGGGGAAGAGGAACGCUUCAAAUUGCUUAAACUGUAUCUAGACAAAUACAUUGCGCAGGCAGGUGAAAAGAAAAGCAAUUGGCUGCCCCUUUUCCGGCGACAACAGCAGAAAAUACAGAUCAAAGGCUUGAGCGAUGAUGUUAUUCGAGAAGCCGCGGUCAAAACUGUAGGGUUUUCAGGCAGGGAGAUUGCUAAACUGAUGGCGAGCAUUCAGGCAGCUGUAUAUGGAAGCAAGGACUGCGAGCUGGACCCAAACUUGUUCCGGGAGGUGGUGGAUUACAAGGUUGCAGAGCAUCAGCAGAGGAGGAAGCUUGCUGGUGAGGGGGGUCCGAAUCCUUGAUCUUCUGCUGCUGCCUAUGUUGUUUUUGGUCACUGACCAUAGGUAAGCAGGUGAGUGUCUACUGUUCUUUCCCAUCUUGUUAUUUCUCCCCUUUCUUGGGGCAAUUUUGGUAUAUUUUUCAAUUUCAGUAACUGGAUAUGGUGUGAUGAUUCAA